CACACUUUUGAACACAAGUACCAAGCUUCACAACAAUGUCUAUUGUAACUGAUGAGUUGAGAGCCAAGGCUGAUGAGCUCUAUCAUGGUGAUGCUAUCUGCCAGGAGAAGUCAAAGUUCUUGCUAACUGAGAAGGGACUCCCCAAUGGGCUCCUUCCCAUGAAGGACAUGGUGGAAUGUGGCUACAUCAAAGAGACUGGCUUUGUUUGGCUCAAGCAGAAGAAGAGCACCACCCACAAGUUUGAGAAGGUUGGGAGGCUGGGAAGCUAUGCAACUGAGAUAACAGCCUAUGUUGAGAAGGGCAAGAUCAAAAAGCUGACUGGUGUCAAGACCAAGGAGCUCAUGAUCUGGGUGUCACUCAGUGACAUCUACUUGGAAGAUGGUGGGAAGAUCACCUUCAAGUCCCCUACAGGGCUAUCCAGGACAUUUCCUGCCUCGGCCUUCGAGCUUGAUGGACCAGAUGGUGGCAAGGUUGUGGAGGAGCACGAGGACGUCCCGGAAGCUGUGGAAGUCUAGGCUCACUGCUAUAGAUUUCAAGGUGUAUAUUCUGUUUUUAGUACUACUACCAUAGCCGAGAUGAAGGCUUUGGCUUUAUUUUCAUGAUCUGUUUUGAUGAUCAUAUGUAAUGCUGUUGUUUUCAAGUACUCCUACCAGUGCUGUUAUCUUCAUAUGUAAUAAAAUUUACAUUUCCUGUUAUAUGUAGUUUAUGUUGUGAAAAAAGGCAAGAGAUAUGUAAUGUCUUUUUCAGGGCUUGGCACA